AUGAUUCAGACCAUCAUGUACAGGGAACAUGAUAUGAAAACCCGCUUCGAAACGAGGAUAUACAAGACAGCAGCAGAUGAGAUGGACACCACGGAAGAUGUUACUCCCGCCGCGCCUGCGUUGUCGUUGUUCUUCUCAAAAUUACCUCGAGAGCUGAGAGAUGAGUGCUACCGGCAUGCAUACGAGUCCGAGCAUGAUGGCGCUUUUAAAAUGACCUCGCUAUCUGACUACUUGCGAAGGGAACGUGACAGGAGAAAGUAUGGCAGUCUACGUUUAACUCCGGUCGUACCACGAGAAACACCAAUAUGUCCCCUCCUCGACAUGAGAGUGAGCAAGAAAUUCUUUGAGGAAGCUACCGAGCAGUGGUUUCGGCAGAGAGAAAUCAGCUGCGGCGAACGCUAUGUGUUCAACUCAAUUUGCGAUUCUUCGCCCACUCUAAGGAAAUGCUUGACCCGGUUCAGCUGUGUCUGGGACUCCUGCUACUUUGCCUCCGAUAGCAUUGCAGAAGCUUGUUCGGCUUUUGCUCACCUCAAGCGAUGCAAGGGUAUCCGUACACUUGACGUUGAAGUGCGGGAGCGGACUUUUGAGGAAUUCAAUCGUCUGGCAUGCGUCGACAGUUUCACAGCGGACGAUUUCCAGACCAUGCAGGAAGCGCGGGAUCUGCUGACCUUACCCCUUCUCACCACUAUCCAGAUGAGACCUUCGAAAUGUAGCUUGGGGGUUACAGCGGGAGAGAAGGCGAAGUGGAUCGAGAACGUCGCCGCGCUGGAUGGCUACAUGAAGUACCAAUUGGAACUACGUAAACUAGCUCGAGCGCAGCAAAAGGUGGAUGACCUAGCGAAGGAAAGGGCAAGGUACCUAGAGAGGGAGAGACGCAAGGCUCGAAAGCACAGGAUCUCGCAAUGGACCGCUGCUGGAAAUACAAUGUCAGAUGCUAGACCAUCUGGUCUGCUGGCGCGAGCCCGGAACCUCUUCGCUUUUGGGAGCAGAACCUCGGAGAGCUCUACACGAUCUGCGCCCGCUGAACAAGGUCCUCGCAACCGAACUCAUCCUGCAUUGCGGCCCAGUGCGUCUAGACCGACCGUCCGUUUUGCGAACUGGAAGAUAUCUCAAGACAAGAUCAACAAGCGAGCAUUGAUUAAGCGAGAAAAGAAGCAGCAGUCCCCAUUCAUGGACAGGAUCAAUGAUUUAGAGGAUGCGUAUGCCGGCAUUCAAGAGCUUUUCGAAGGGCGUGAGCCGCGACAGCCAGAGCGUGGAGGUGUAGUCGCAUUCUACAAGAAGUAUCCCAUCGUGGUCGUAUCGCUUGCCACUACCACUACACUGUCAGUCGUCAACUCGAUUGCUUUGUGGAAUGUGUUGUCGCAGAGAUAG